UUGACAUUUCCAAAUACUUAACCUUAAAUUGUAUAAACAAAUAAAUACCUCAAAUAAAAUUCAAUUAUAUUAAAUAAAGAACAAAAUGUCGUUUGCAUUUAUGCAAAAGAUAACAUUGCAGUGCUUAAAAGCAGAUCAACCGUUGCUAAACACUGUUCGCAAUGCUAGUAAAAAAACUGGAGGCAGCACACGUAAUAAGAAGGGUCACCCAAGACCGAAACAUCGUGGUUGGCGUGUUCAAGAUGGUCAUUAUGUUUCACAGGGCACACUUUUGGCAACACAAUUGACUACACGUUUUCAUCCCGGCCUAAAUGUUGGCUUCGGUGGGAACGGUACUUUAUACGCUAUGGAACAUGGAAAGGUUUAUGUAACUUGUGAGACCUUAGAUCCAGAUUGGGAUCAUACCUGGAUACAGCGACAUUACGCAGGGCGCAAUGGUCAAGCUAUAUCAAAAAAAUUCUUUAAUGUUGUGCCCGAACGACAACAUCAACGAUUUCGCAUAGUUGAAGAAAUCUAAAACAUGAUUUAUAUAAUACAAAAUAGUAAAAUAAGUAAAUAUACUACAUAAAAAUCAACACAAACUUAAUUGAAAACGUGAAGUCUUUAAUGUAAAGUAAAGAGGAAAAAUUGUGCAUAUUUAAAGCAAAUUCAUAUCAUUUUUAAUAU